CGCCAAGGGCGGAGAUUAACCUGGCUUUCCCGUGAACACUUGAGAACAACCAUUUUCGUCAAACUGGCUUUAGAGGCAGCCAGCCUGAGCCAUGGGGCGCCCGGUCCUCCUGCCUCUAUUCUUGGCUUUCCUGAUGCCGGUGGUUGCCAUCCCCGUACCGCCAGCCCUAAGGUCUCUCAGCAACCUGCAUUUGUCAACCAGCCUGAAGUCCCGCCCCGCUGUAGUCAUGAAGUACUCGAUUCACUACAUAGAACAGAAGGUUGAUCAUUUUGGAUUUAAGACUGAUAAAACUUUUAAACAGCGUUACCUAAUAGCUGAUAAACACUGGAAGAAAGAGGGUGGGUCCAUACUUUUCUACACUGGUAAUGAAGGGGACAUUAUCUGGUUUUGCAACAAUACGGGGUUCAUGUGGGAUGUGGCUGAGGAACUGAAAGCUAUGUUGGUGUUUGCUGAACAUAGAUACUAUGGAAAGUCUCUACCCUUUGGUGCCAAUUCAUUCAAGGAUUCCAGACACUUGAAUUUUCUGACAUCAGAACAAGCUCUGGCUGAUUUUGCAGAGUUAAUCAAACACUUGAAAAGGACAAUCCCAGGAGCUGAAAAUCAACCUGUCAUUGCCCUGGGGGGCUCUUAUGGAGGCAUGCUUGCAGCCUGGUUCAGGAUGAAAUAUCCCCACAUGGUGGCUGGAGCUCUUGCAGCCUCUGCCCCCAUCUGGCAGUUUGAAGAUAUGGUACCUUGUGGUGCAUUUAUGGAAAUUGUAACUACAGAUUUUAGGAAAAGUGGCCCAAAUUGUUCAAAGAGCAUCCGCAGUUCCUGGGAUGCCAUUAACCGACUUGCAGUAACAGGUACUGGCUUGCAUUGGCUUUCUGAAGCCCUUCACUUAUGCACCCCAUUAAAAAGUUCUCAGGAUGUUCAGCAUUUGAAAGAUUGGAUCUCUGAAACCUGGGUAAAUCUGGCCAUGGUGGACUACCCUUACGAGUCUGACUUUUUACAGCCUUUGCCUGCUUGGCCAAUCAAGGUGGUGUGCCAGUAUUUGAAAAAUCCCCAUGUUUCGGAUACACAGUUGCUGCAGAAUGUUUUCCAGGCUCUGAAUGUAUAUUACAAUUAUUCAGGCCAGGCGAGGUGCCUGAAUAUGUCUGAGAUAUCAACGAGCAGUCUGGGAAUCCUGGGUUGGAGCUAUCAGGCCUGCACAGAAAUGGUUAUGCCGUUUUGUACAAAUGGGAUUGAUGACAUGUUUGAACCUCACCCAUGGGACUUGAAGGAAUUUUCAGAUGAUUGUUUUAAACAGUGGGGUGUGAAACCAAGGCCUUCCUGGAUCACUACUGUGUAUGGAGGCAAAAACAUCAGUUCCCAUACGAAUAUCAUUUUCAGCAAUGGCGACCUAGACCCCUGGUCAGGGGGUGGAGUAACCAAGAACAUCACAGACGCCUUGGUUGCCAUCACCAUCGCAGAAGGGGCCCAUCAUCUGGAUCUUCGCGCCAACAAUGCCCUUGAUCCCGCGACCGUGCUCGUAGCCCGCUCCUUGGAAGUUAAAUACAUGAAGCAGUGGGUCAGAGAUUUCUAUGCCAGCCUGCGAAAGACACGCUGAGCAACUUCUGCUCAUUUUCAGUUUCUUCUUUUAUGUUCAUUCCACCCACGUUCCCAUCCGCUUUGGUUUUCUGUACAAAAUUACUUUCCCUUGUUCAUCCUUGGAUUCGGUGGAGCAAAGGCUGAGACAGGAGAGAGGGUGAUGGUGGUGGCAGCAGCCACCCACACCGCACGCCCUUGCCCUCUUGGCACCACUUCGGGGAGGAAUCCCUGCGGCGGGCCCCCCGCCCCCCCAGGGCCCUCAGAGCUGCGGCAGGGCUCCUGCCUUUCCCACGGGGGGCCUGUUCCUUUGUGUCCCAGCGAGCAGGGCUUUCUUCUGGUUUUCAGACUGAAGUCUCUCUGGCCCGUCUGUCAUUCCCCACCCUUGUCCUCCCAAAAGGAAAAGCAGAAGGUAGAUAAAGAUGAUGUGAUUGCAGCUGAUGGGAAGGAUGUCCGAUGCCGAUCCAGGAAAAAGGAGUCAUUUCAUUUGUACUUGAUUUAAAGACUUGGAACUGUGCUUCCCAAUUUCUAAAUAAAGAGUAAG